AUGCGACGACAACAACAACAACAACAACAACAACGGCAACAGGCUCCCACCCUUCUCCUUGUGCUACCAAGAAUAAGGCUAUCAUUGUUGUUCAUUGUCAAUGCUGCUAUCGUUUUGAGUCAAUUGAGAAUGGCAACUGCGUUUGCUUUUGCCUUUGCGUUUCCGUUUCCGUUUCUGUUGGUUCCAUCGAGAAACUCGUUGUCCAUGUCGAGACAGCAAAGACAUACACAACAGCAACAUAGGAAAUAUCCAUUCGCACUCUAUUCUUCCAGCAAUAGUCCUAAUGGAGACGAUAGAGAUGUCGACAGCAGUCAAUUUGGAUUGGAAGAUUGGAGAAAAUUUCGAGCGUCCUUGAUUGCCAAAGAAGCUGAAGCUGCUGAAGCUAGUGAGACUGAGACUCAGAAUGUUAUUGGCAAUACAGAUAAUGGUGAUAAUGGUGAUAAUAGUGAUAAUAGUGAUAAUGGUAAUGGCAAAGAGAAUGGCAAUGGAAAAGACGAUUCAAGUGCUUUGAAGGACAAAGAAUCCAAGCUCAAACGAAAAACGGUAGCCGAAGAAAACGAACGCCUUUUGGAACAACAAAAUGCCGAAUUGGCCAAAGAAUACAAAAAGGAAGCCUGGGCUCAUUUGAUUGCGGAACCUGAAGUUGGAGGAUUGAUCUGUCGUAUGCCCAUUGAAGGAGAAUUGUAUUGGGGAACUGGCUUUUGGAAGGAAAAGCUCGAUACUCUACUCAGUAUUGACACCAUGGGACCUCCCAAAUCACAAAUGGAACACUGGUUCCCAAUGGCGGAACGCAUGUUGGCGAGAGAACUAGAAAUCAUUACUGCAAAUGCGGGAAAGAAUGGGAUUCUCAAUCCAAAUGAUUUGCCAGAAGAUUCCAGAGAAUUGUUGGAAAUGUACCUAGACUACAAACAAACAUGGCAAGAAGUAUGUCUCAUGCUCGGAUCCACUCAAGGGGUGGUCAUCAAUAGACCCAUUACCCAAAAUGUCAACAAGGGUUUGGCCAAACUAUUAUUGGAAGGCCAACCUACAGCCUCCACGGCAGCUACUUCCAGCAUUUCCGAUAAACAAGAAAACGAAGAAUUGCCAUUUGGAUUCAUUGAUACAUUCAUUCAAGCCUUCGGACAGGCGGCUGUCUACAUGGGUGGUCCUGAUCUGCAAGCGGAACCUGCUCUAUUGGUGCAUGGAAUUGAUACUUUGGAGGGGGCAUCUGAGCUGGCACCUGGGACGGGGAUCUACAUUGGCGGUUUGAAAGCAGCAGUCCAAGGUGUUUUGGACGGCAAGUACCAACCAUUGGACUUUCGAUUCUUCUUGGGACGCAAAGUCUUUGAGGAUGGUCACUCUUUGAAAGCUAAAAUUGAUCAAGCUGCUUACAAGGCAAUCGCUUGCAAUCGAAGUCUGGCAUUGAAACAAUGUCUAGGUCUACCAAAACCAUUGUGGCAUGAAGUCUUGGAGCUUUGUGGUGGAGACAUGAAGUCCGUAUCGCAAAUCGAGCUUGCAAAGAGAUUAGAUUUGCGAUGA